CGCCAAGCGAUAGAGUGGACCAACUGCGUCUCCAGAGGAACAACUCUGAGUUCGACAAAUUUUGAGAAACUCGAGAUCGCGUUUGGUGCCCUUGCUCCUUAUUUGUUUGAGCGAGGGCUUUAAGGCCGCUGACUAACGACCUUGCCAUAUGAGGUACUUGAAGAUCGCUUGCAGAAGAGUUCAGCCAUUGGCCACCUGUCCAAGAAUGCCAUGUACAGAAACGCUGUACGGUUGACACCCAAAGUGGAAGCCUGAAAGCAGUGGUAUUGAAGUCUCAUGGACCAGGCCCCUGAAGCUUCACCUAUCCAUGGUCCAGCCCUUGGAAGAGUAUGGUCUAAUCUCCCAUUUGAAGUCGUGCGCAGCGAGGUCCAGGAAUCAAGCCAAUCCGAUCAACAAUAAAGUACGUGCCUGUGGUUGACGAGAGGUUUUGGGGUGUAGCUGUGUCUCGCUAGCUUGCCCACCUCCGAGCGUCCGUCAGCAUGAUAUCUCUUUCACUUUUCACGAGUGCUGCAGCGCUUCUGGCGUGUAAUGCCGAAGCGAGACCGUUCUUUUCGGAAGCAGGCACUCAAGGCAGUCCGCAGCCUCAGGUGCUCAAGAACGCUUUCAAUUACAAGCGCGGCCUUCCAUCAACCUUGAGCUCAAAGCAUCUGCGGCCAGUGCUUGAGCCAAGAGCUGAGCCAGAGCAGAUCAUAUCUUCGAACGGGCCCAAUGUCAAUGUUCCAGGCUACUCAUCGGACGAGUUCGCAAAAGGACAGCCGAUCAGUUCCAAGACUGGGAAAGGAGCUCCACUGCUUGGAGGAACGAAUAACAUCAUCGAUGUUCAGAACCCAAGCAACCUGGGACAAGAGCCAACUGAUCAUGGUGUCGUGGUCAACUUGAAGUGGCGCUUCUCAGGCUCAAAGACAAACCUGUACAAGGGCGGCUGGGCUCGUGAGCAAGUGAUCACAGACCUUCCGGCGAGUCAGGAUAUCUCGGCCGCUCAACAACAUCUGAAGAAGGGUGCUUUCCGAGAGUUGCACUGGCACAAAGUCUCUGAGUGGGCCUUCGUUUACGCUGGGCGGGUCGCCAUAUCGGCCGUAAAUGAGCAUGGUGAAAACCAAUAUGACAUUUUGGGGCCAGGUGACAUUUGGUUUUUUCCAAAGGGCGUGACACACGGAGUCCAAGGCCUUGACGCUGAGAAUGAGCUUUUGCUCGUCUUCGACGACGGUGAUUUUGACGCCACAGGUGUGACUUUCAACGUUGAUGACUGGAUUGCGCACACUCCAAAGGAUAUUCUGGCAAAGAACUUCGGUGUGAGCGCUUCCCUCUUCGAUCACGUUCCGACUGGAAAUCCCAAAAUACUGCCUGGCGAGUAUCCCGCCGAUGAUCAAACAGUGGAGCAUCCGUACGGGGACUUAAGCUCUUCCAUCAACACGAGUUACGUGAUUCGAUCCAAGGAUGUCGCACCGAAGGUUGCGCCAGGUGGAGGAGGCACUAUCCAAGUGUUUGACUCCAGAAACUUCCCCAUUUCCACAACGAUUGCAUCGUCAGUGGUGACCAUCAAGCCUGGAGGUCUUCGUGAGCUGCACUGGCAUCCCACGGUGCAGGAGUGGGUGUAUUUCGCCCAAGGCCAAGCGCGUGCAACGGUGUUCAUGGGCAACGAAGCUGCUCGAACAUUCGACUUUGCUGCUGGUGAUACCGCAGUCUUCCCAGACAACUCAGGCCAUUAUGUUGAGAAUACUUCGCCGAACGAAGAUCUGGUGUGGAUCGAGAUCUUCAAAGCCGACAGAGUAGCUGACAUUUCGCUAACUCAAUGGCUUGCAUUGACACCAGCUCAAUAUGUCGCUGAAGCGCUUAAUGUCUCGCUCGAGUUUGUGCAUCAGCUGAAGAAGGAGAAGCAGUUGAUCAUUGCUUAAGUAUCCAUCGGGGCAGCGCAUGCUUGACACAAUGGCUUGGCGCGUUGAUCUUUUGGCCAGGCGGAAUGUAAUGGGGUGUAGUUCUCUUCAGAUUAGCCGUUUGCUGCCUCGACUCUCGUGUAGUCGCUUUAAUUCAACCGCCUGGCAGGUGAUCACCAAAAUGCCAAGUCUCCAGCAUUCCUAAAAGCUUCGCAGGCUUCGUGCUUGUUCUCUGAUGCCAUUCAUCGCAAGUUUGAACGUCUUGUCAAUCCACCGCGGGUGCUUGUUCUGAGUCUCAUAGCCGUGUCGUCGCCUGCAGGCCGAUGCAUCACUGCAGCACAGACUGGUUGCCAAUGCCAUAACGAAACACUGCCCGCCACGAUGAAGGCGUUGCUGGAAACCCGACAGAUGGUGUA